GACCCCCCCCCACGACCCCCCCACCCCCACUGCCUGGACAUGAGGUCUUUCCGAUCGUUCGCCAACGACGACCGCCACGUCAUGGCCAAACACGCCAGCAUCUACCCGGCGCCGGAGGAGCUGGAGGCGGUCCAGACCAUGGUGUCCACGGUGGAGGGGGCGCUCAAGAAGGUCUCUGAUUGGAUGGACGGCCUCGCCCGACCCUCAGGGAAGAUCUGCGCCCAGGACGGACACGGAGACGGAGAAAGAGACGGAGACGGAGACGGACACGGAGACGGACACGGAGACGGCGUGGACCAGGACCAGGACGCCACCAGAGACAGGUCCGACGCCCUGACUCCGGCCGUGGCGCCGGCGCUGUGCGGGGUGACCCGGGUGGGUCUGGUGGCUGAAGGCCUCCUGAUCAAAGGGGACCUGGACCUGGAACUGGUUCUGAUGUGCAGAGACAAACCCACCAAAGUGCUGCUGUACACGGUCAGCGCUAACCUGCCGCUGCAGAUCCAGACGAUGACAGAUGACAGGUAUGAGGUCCACUCCUGCGUCCCCGAGGCUGCGAUCCGGGUCUGCAGGACCACAGACCCCCGCCUGACCCUGAAGGUCACCCUGUCCUCUUUAGCCAUGAGGGAUGACCGCGGCGCCACGGAUUCAGAAGAGGGCGAUCAAGAGGAGGGGAAGCAGAGGAGGCAGGACAAAGAUGACGUCGAGGAGGAGGAGGAGAAAGAGGAGGAUGUCCUGGACCGGCAGAAGUGCCUGGUGGCAUUGGCGGCGCUUCGUCACGCCAAGUGGUUCCAGGCCAGAGUCGCAGAUCUGAAGUCCUGCGUCAUCGUUUUGAGGAUUCUCAGAGACAUGUGUAACAGACUUCCUGUGUGGCAGCCUCUGAAGGGAUGGCCUCUGGAGCUGAUCUGUGAAAAGGCCAUCGCCACCUGUAACCGCCCGCUGGGACCCGGCGAAGCCCUGCGACGUGUCAUUGAAUGCAUCGCCUCGGGGAUCCUCCUCCCAGGUGGUCCUGGAGUUCACGACCCCUGUGAGAGGGAACCCACCGACGCCCUGUCCGAGCUGAACGCCCAGCAGGCGGACGCCGUCACCAACAACGCACAGCAUGCGUUACGUCUCCUGGCCUUUGGACAGCUGUACAAAGUCCUGAAUAUGGAUCCUCUUCCCGCCAGUAAACCUUCAGCGAGACACCUCGAAGGCGGCGUUCUGAAGAGGCAUCGUGACGACGUGGGAUCAGACGACAGAGACUUCAUCAAACGGAUGAAAGUCCUGGACUGGAGGAUGACGGACCCCAACCACCCCAUGAACGCCCUGAUGCGCCUGAACCAGAUCCAACCGGGCCUCCAGUACCGCCUGCUGUCCCAGUCCGGUCCGGUCCACGCCCCGGUCUUCACCAUGUCCGUGGACAUCCAGGGAACCACCUACCAGGCCACCGGCAACUCCAAGAGGACCGCCAAGCUGCAGGUGGCGCUCAAGGCGCUGCAGGCCCUCGGUUACGUCGUGGGCGCAGACGCAGACGUGGACUCUCUGAGCGCAGACGAGAAAUCGGACGGAGAAGGAAAGAACGACCGCAUGUCGACCAGUUCCAGCUCCACGUCCAUCACCUCAUCCACAGACACACAGGAGUCCAGAGCUCCCGGUCCCAUCCUGACGGCCGGUGGAAAAAACCCGGUGAUGGAACUGAACGAGAAACGUCGAGGUCUGAAAUAUGAGCUGAUAUCAGAGAGCGGCAGCAGCUACGACAAACGCUUCAUCAUAGAGGUCGAGGUGGACAAACAGGUUUUCCGGGGAACUGGUCCCAAUAAAAAAGUGGCCAAAGCCAGCGCCGCCCUCGCCGCUCUCAACAGCCUUUUCACCGGAUCCAAAUCUACGACCAACAAGAAGAAGAGACCCAAUCCUCCGCCGAAGCGACCCGUGACCUCGGUGCUGACCCUCCCGGCACUCGCCGCCAGGCCUCAGCGGGUCCCCGUCAUCCCCAGAGCGCCGUACAUCAGCACCCCGCCCACGCCCGGGUACAUCCCCCCAGGUUUCGGAGCUCCUUACGGUUACAGCCCUGCAGGCGCCCUCCCUACCUACGGUUUUCCCUCCAGAAUGCCCUCAGUAGUCGUUCCUGUCAUCAGAGUCCCCACAACUUACCCCGUCACCCACCUGUACCCCUACUAAGACCACCUGUCCCCCAUAAGACCACCUGUACCCCUACUAAGACCACCUGUCCCCCAUAAGACCACCUGUACCCCUACUAAGACCACCUGUCCCCCAUAAGAUCACCUGUACCCCUACUAAGACUAUCUGUACCUCUACUAAGUCCACCUGUCCCCCAUCAGACCACCUGUACCCCUACUAAGACCACCUGUCCUCGAUCAGACCACCUGUACCCCUACUAAGACCACCUGUCCCCCAUCAGACCACCUGUACCCCUACUAAGACCACCUGUCCUCGAUCAGACCACCUGUACCCCUACUAAGACCACCUGUCCCCCAUCAGACCACCUGUACCCCUACUAAGACCACCUGUCCCCCAUCAGACCACCUGUACCCCUACUAAGACCACCUGUCCCCGAUCAGACCAUCUGUACCCCUACUAAGACCACCUGUACCCCAUCAGACCACCUGUGCCCCUACUAAGACCACCUCUACUUCAUCAGACCACUUGUACCCUAUCAGACCACCUGUCCUCCAUCAGACCACCUGUACCCCCACCAUUAUCCCCAUCAGACCACAUCUUCCUCCUUCAGACCCCAUCAGACCACCUGAACCCUAUCAAACUCCCUGUACCCCAUCAGACCCCCAUCAGACUGGCUCGGUCCCUUCUAAACCCCCUCCUCGUCCCAGUCCUGGGGGUCCGGUCCUGGGGGUCCGGUCCUGACUCUGUUUACACUUGUUUUACUCUGAUCCUCCAGUCGGACUCUGGGUCUGAUCCGGUUUCUGUCGGGUCCUGCUUCAGUUCGUUCUGUUUCGUUCACAGACGUUUUACUUCAGUUUUUUCAUUCUUUUCUGACUUCGAUGAAUAAUCUUCAUCAUUGAACCUUCAGGUUGGAUCUGCGUCGUCUUCAUUCUUCGCUACUCUGUGUUUGGCGUCCGUCUGAUCCGCCGCCGGGUCGGUUCCUCCUGUUCGUUCAGACGCUAAAGUAGAUCUGAAAAUAAAUCUAACUCUGGAUGAUUAUUUAUAUUUAUUAAUGAGACUUUUUAUUCUGGGUAUAUUUCAUAUUUUUUCGCGUACAUAAAACUGAUCCGAACAUCAGUCGCCGUCAAAGCCCAGUUUAUAAAACAUCCUUGAAAUAUCGACAUAGUUUAUAAACAUCUAAUCUAAUCUAAUUUAAUCUAAUCGAAUUUAAUUAAUCUAAUCUAAUCUAAUCUAAUUGAAUGUAAUCUAUUUUAAU